GCGUGAACACAAAACGCGUGUGGUAGGACAUUGUAUGGAAGUCAAUUGCUGAAAUUAUUCUGCCCUAAACGUAGGGACGUCGUUUUCUUUAGAUUUAGGUCCAAUACAUCUUGUUUAAAAUGGUGAGGGAAUUAAUGGACACUCAGCGGCAGAAUUUCUGGAAGGAAUCAAUCGAAAAAGAAGCUUAUGUUCGUCUAGCCUGGCAUGAAAAGUACAGCAAAGAGUUCGCCCGCGAUUCGGCGCAGCGUAUCCAGCGAAAGAAGCGACCUGAUCUGGUACCGAAGCCGGUGAUGUCCUUCAAACUGCCGUCCAUCGACAAAAGCAAACAGACCAGUGACAAGGCCAAACACGAAGAGGAGGUGAAAGCAAACUAUGCUUUAGUUGCGAAAAAAGAUCCAAACGCACUUCUGGUGGAAAUGAGACCAGCCAGUCGAAACACGAAAAAGCUCUUGUUCAAAGGUUUCAGCAAGCUUGGCGAAGGAAGAUAUGCGUAUCUACAGAAGAGGAAAGAAAGAAAACCCGAAGACAAAUUUGAGUUCCCCAUCACGAGUAGUUGGGAGUAUGGAUGGAGAUUAGGAGACGUCAUCACGAGCGCGGAGAUGAAAGCACCACAGUUUGGAAGAUCUCGAAUCGUCAGGGACUCAUUUUACAGAACUAAUGGAAUUUUCUGAAUUAAGUGAAUUGUUCUUAACUUAUACUGCCCCUGUGUUUCCUAAGUGUCACUUAGAAGGGGCAUGGUGGAAAUAGAUUUACAACCGUUUAGUUACAAGAUAUGUUUGUUUUUGUUUUUCCUAGAAUAUUUUACAAUAUCCUUUCUUAGAAUAAGAAAUUUAGACGUGAACGACAAGAAAUAUUAAGUAGCAAUUUAGACGUGUGUGUAUCAUCGCCAAAUAAUUUAAUGAAUUGUUUAGAAUGGUGUUAACUGAUAAGCGAUUACAAGUAACUGCCAAAUUACAAAAAAACGUCAUCGUUCCACCAACAGCAUUAUUGUAAUAAUUACUCACACCCCUUCAAGUUAGGCCCGCAAUUGACUUGAAAUGAACAUUAUUUACUGAGUGAAUAUCUUUAUAUCCAUGAUACUAAUAUCUCAUUUCCUGUUAUGUUGUGUUAUGCUGUGUUGUAUUUCUGAAUUAAUACCACAUGUUGAGAUAUAACACUUUUCCCCAUCCAUUUAUAGAGUACUGGAGGGGGGGUUUAUCCUUCAGACGAACAUACUAGUAUACACAAUGCAACUAACCUAAUCCCUCUAAAUAAGCAGUAUCUUUUAAUUGAGAAAUUCUAUUCUGCAAUUACUUUCUCCUUGGUAAUCCACAAUCUCAACAUUUGAUGGUUAUAUGUUGGUCAGGGGAUUGUACCUCACAGAUAUGCAAAGUGGAAAUGCAACAUGAAGAUAUAUCGGUCCCAAUGAUCUUUGACUCAAGAAGGAAUACGCUCUGGUUUUGAUGCAAUGAGGUCGGUGCGUGUUUCAGAUAUCGCCUAAUGUGAUAAACACAUCGAUAUCGAUUACCCACUGUAAUUUGUAUCCUGGAAGAAUUUUACUGUCACGUGACUCUUGUAACUGUUAUGUAACAUCAUGUAAAGUUUAUGGAUGCAAAUUAGUGUUAUGUAAUACAUGUAUACCAUUUUACGUUCACUGCGAGAUCUCGCGUUAGAACUCAUAUUGCUGAUUACGUGCCAGUUGCAGUGUGAAAUCCAUGGACUACCCCUCCCGCUCAUCACGAUCCGUCCCAUUAUCAUUGAACGCCCUCGAUGAAUAUUUGAUUUUUUUUUAAAUAAAGAAACUACGUAAAUGUGA